CAGUCUCCAGACACAACACGUACCGUUUAGACGCGCGCGCUCUCGUCGCGUUCACAAUCGUCUUGCCGUCCGAUAUUUCAUGCCAUUAUUAUUUCGCGCGUUUCGCGUUCGCAGUGCGUGCAAUUUAGUAUCGAACGUCAUAUGCUAUCUCCUCGUACGGUACUGUACACCGUUGGAUUGAUCCGUGCGUUUUCCUCCACGACAUUUCGCGGGUCGAUUUUCGUUUCUCCGGUUAUUUACGCGAACGGCGCCCCGGGGUUACUGUUACGGGGCUCAAUCGUUGCGGAGUGAAAAUCUGCACGCAACGCGUUACAACGUCCGUCCCGUCACUGACGCCAUUCCGACAUUCGCCCCGUUAAAAUGGUGACCAAAUCGUUGAACGGGCCGAGUUUCACCAUCAACCACAUCCUGGGCCGCCUGGACGUGGACGACGAACGGGACAACGACAUCAAGAGUCCCGGGCCGUCCACUUCGCGGUCGUACACGACCGGCAGCGAGGCCAGCGACUGUUGCAGCGGCGACGACUGCUUGUGCGCGCCCGUCGACUACAGCACGCGGCCGGGCGGAAGUCCGUCGCCGCCGACGACGCCGAGUCACCGCCAUCACCAGCAGCACCGUCGCGGCGCCGGGCCGCCGUCGUCCGUCUCCGAUAACCGCGGGCCGAAAUCGCCGGGCAUCAUCGACGUCGGUGACGACACGGACGCCGACGGCGCGUCCGCCACCAAGGACGACUCGCCUUGUGGCAAGGAGGGCAAAAAAGACGCGGCCGCCGCAGCCGCGGACGACAAGAACAAAAAGCCCAAUUACAGUUAUAACGCUCUGAUCAUGAUGGCCAUUUCGGAGAGCCCGCAGAAGCGGCUCACGCUCAGCGGCAUCUACGAGUACAUCAUGACCAAGUUCCCGUUCUACCGGAUGAACACGCCCGCCUGGCAGAACAGUAUCCGGCACAACUUGUCGCUGAACAAGUGUUUCGUGAAAAUCCCGCGGAGUUUCGACGACCCGGGCAAAGGCAAUUACUGGAUGAUCGACCCGAACAGCAGCGACGUGUACAUCGGCGGCACCACCGGCAAGCUCCGCCGGCGGUCCACGCAGUCGUCCCGGCACCGCAUCGCGUACCGGCCGCCGAUGCCGCCGCACGUGGUCAUGUCGCCGUCGGCCCAUCACCACCAUCACCAUUCGCACGCGGCCGCGGCUGCAGCGGCGGCCGCGGCCGCCGCCGCCUUUUACCAUCACCGCGGCGGGCCGCCUCAUCAUCCGGCCGCCGCCGGAUGGCCCGGCAUGACCGAUUACCCGUCUUCGGCCGCGGCCACCGGUUUCGACUACCUCCACCAGUACUUCUGGCCGCCCGUUUCCACUUCGGCCGCCUACCAACAACACCAACAGCAGCAGCAGCAGCAGCAACAGCAACAGCAGUCCGCGGCUCAGUCGCCCGCCGCUCCGAUCACGUCCACCGGUUACUCGAUCAGCCAGUUGCUCAGGCCCACCCUGCAGGUGCCGCCCAAAAGGCCCACGGCCGUCAUGCACCCGGCCGCCGCGGCCGUGGCCGCCGGAGCCUUGCUCCAGGCGUCCAUGGGCCGACACCAGUAGUGGUACGAGGUUGACGCAUACAUAAUGUAAGGGGAAAAAAAUUGUUUUUUUUUUUUUUUUUUUUAAAAAAAACUAUAUUGUAACGUUAAGCACGAAAACGCUUUUUUUCCCCGCCAAGUUACCUAUUUAAUAUUUUAUAUUACGCGCACAGUUAUAAACAUUACGGUGUACCGAGUUUCCCGUCCUUGUCGCGGACCGCAGAGUACACGCACGCAUUUUAUUUGUUUUUUUUUUUUUUGUCUUUAGCUGAUCUCUCGGAAAACGCAUCGUAUCGUAAUUUGUACGCAUACAAAUGCAUUGUCUACGUUUUAUUUUUCGGUCCGCGUACGUCGUCGUAACGUGUGUUGACCACGCGCGUAAGCAUCACGCGUACCCGUCGCAUAAAAAUCGUAUUGCAUGUUCGGUUGAAAUUCCGUUUUCCCCGCGCGCGUAACGACGUGACAUUUCGCUGCGUAUCGCGUUGGUGCCGUUAACGAAAAACGCGAUAAAAAUCGUCGGGUUCUAGUCACGCGGGAUCGGCGUCUGUAGUAAACGUUUGCGCGAUAUUCGCGUGCCCGUCGGAACUUUUCGGAAAAAAAUUCAAUCUUACCUACCUAUACAUACACGUACACGUAUGUACGUAUGUAAACGCGUUAUUGUCGUAGAGAAAAAACAAACGGUCGGACCGCGAUCCGACAUUUCCUAUGCGUUAUUGUUAUUGUUGCGUAUUUGUAUAAUUGUGUCUGUUGUUCGGAGUAAAAAACAAAAAAAAAAAAAAAAUUAUAAAUUAAAAAAAAAAAAAAAAAAAACAUUAUUAUAACAGUGUAUAGCGUUUUUAUAAGAUUUUACUCUAUAUUAUUAUAUUAUCAUUUGUGUUUACGC